CCCGAGGCCGCAGCACCGCGGGCCGCGCGGGGAGGAGCCUGCGGGGAGCACGGGGCCAUGUGCGCGGCCCGGAGCCGCGGAGGAAGUUCCCCGCCGGCUGCCGCCUGCCGCCCGGGCCAUGCCCCAGCCCCUGCCCAGGAUCUCCGUGCCCGCCGCGCUGGCCCUGGGCACGGCCGCGCUGGGCGCCGCCUUCGCCACCGGCUUCCUCCUAGGGCGCCUGUGCCCCCGCUGGCCGGGCCGGCGAGAGCGGAGCCUGCUGCCCCCCGAGGACAGCCCCCUGUGGCAGUACCUGCGGAGCCGCUCCCUGCGCGAGCACCCGGCGCUGCGGAGCCUGCGGACGCUGACCCUGGAGCAGCCGCAGGGGGCUUCCAUGCUGACCUGCGAGCAGGCCCAGCUGCUGGCCAACCUGGCGCGGCUCAUCAAGGCCGAGAAGGCGCUGGACCUGGGCACCUUCACCGGCUACUCAGCCCUGGCGCUGGCCCUGGCGCUGCCCCCGACCGGGCGCGUGGUCACCUGCGAAGUGGACGCGGGGCUCCCGGAGCUGGGCCGGCCCCUGUGGCGACAGGCCGAGGAGGAGCACAAGAUCGACCUGCGCGUGCAGCCUGCCUUGCAGACCCUGGAUGAGCUCUUGGCCGCGGGCGAGGCCGGCACCUUCGACGUGGCCGUGGUGGACGCGGACAAGGAGAAUUGCGCUGCCUACUACGAGCGGUGCCUGCAGCUGCUGCGCCCCGGCGGCGUGCUCGCCGUGCCCAGCGUGCUGUGGCGCGGGGAGGUGCUCCACCCGCAGCCCCGGGACGCCGCUGUGGAGGUGGUGCGCAGCCUGAACGAGCGCAUCCUGAGGGACGCCAGGGUCCACAUCAGCCUGCUACCCCUGGGCGACGGCCUUACCCUGGCCUUCAAGAUCUAGCAGCCUGGGAAGGGGACCUGCGAGCCCCGGGUGAACCCUGACUUUACAAUCCAUAAUAAAGUGGGGGCUGGGACCCCAUCUUCUGG